CCAUGAACUGCAGCGGCAACCUGAGAAAACCCCUGUGCGGAGGCCCUCAUUCUAAUCUAGGUAACAAUUUAAAUCACAUGACCGACACCGAUCAGACCGCUACGUGAAAUGUUCUAUAACUAUUGAUUCAUGUAUGUAGCCGCAGUGUGCCGCGCCCGCCGUGUACAGGUGAUAUAAGGAGGUAAUCAUUAUUGUCACAGACACAAAUUCUCAGGAUGGAUUUACUAAAGGAUCUCAACAAUCCCGAACUUACAGCAAAAUUCCAACGUUUCUGUGGAGUACAUUACACGAGGAAAGAGUCUAGUAGGUGUGGCAGUAAUGGGGAAAUGACAGAGCGAUCAGGCGGAACAUUUAAACCGGCUGAGUUAUCAACUUCCACGGCUGAGCAGACGACGCCCUUAAAAAACAAUUUAGCCUGUGAUGGACUGCAGAAAAGAAAUAAAAAUCAGAUGCUGAAAAAUGAAGAUGAUUGGGAAAAAUCAAAUGACCCUCCAGCAACAGAUAUUUCUGAAUAUACCAUAAAAUACCGGUUACUGCUUCACUUUUUUACGAUAGCAUCUUCGCUAGGGAAUGAAGCUUUUUAUUUGCUGUUUUAUCCGUGCUGUUAUUGGAACUGUGAUUCUCUUUUGAUUCGCCAAACUGCUCUCGUGUGGUGCUUGUGUAUGUGGGUGGGGCAGGGUACCAAGGAUUCCCUCAUGUUGCCCCGGCCCUCUGCCCCGCCGGUGGUGCGCCUCGAGACAUACUAUCUACAAGAAUAUGCCAUGCCCUCCACGCACGCGAUGUCGGCUACGGCAAUACCUGUCGUAUUGGCCUACCUCAUUAUCUCCAGGUACCAGGUGUCUGCUCCGGCACUGAUUGUGGCGGCGGUGGUCUGGUGCAGCAUGGUGUGUCUCAGCCGUCUCUACCUCGGAGUUCACUCAGUACUGGAUAUCCUCGCUGGAGUGGUCUUUUCCUUGGUUGUGAUUGUGCUGACGACCCCGUAUGUUGCUGAUUUCGACUGGUACCAGCAGACACACCCCUUCGCUCCAUUGGUCAUCUUCAUCAGCAGUCUGGCCAUGUGUACAGUGUUCUACCCAAGCAGUAAGACUGGGGACGUUUACACAUAUAACACACGUGGUGACGCCGUGCAGAUCGUGGCUGUGCUCGCCGGUGUCGGCCUUGGUGCCUGGACCAAUCUCCAUCUGGGUUUCACCAAUGUCGAUGACAACAAAACAGAUUUGCUUUAUGAAGUUGAACUACCUACGUUGAAAAUAUUUGCAAUAUCUGUCCUGCGCUUCUUUGUCGGCACAGUGAUUCUUUUUACUAUGCAAUACUUGCUUAAGAGCCCCCUCGUUAGAUUUUUUUCGUAUAUGCUAGGUCUAGAAAAGCCAGAAAAGAAGAACCCUCAGGUUGAGGUCGGGUACAAAUUUGUCAUGUUCUACUGCUUGGGAAUGGCUAUAUCUUUUUUUAUACCUUUUGUUCACUGUAUGUUUGGUUUGGAUCGACCCGCAUUUUAUGCCGAGGUUGUGUAAAGGUUGUAUACACUUCAAAGUCAUUUGAAAUGUUAAAUGAAAACAAAACCAUGAAACUGUUCUUCAUGUCUAUAACCUUUACUGGUAUGUGCAAAGAUUUACCAUGCAAUUAAAUUAUUCCGUGUUGCUGCAGUGAUAUAUGGUGUUUGUGGCAGUAAAUAUGAUGUUUGUGAAGUAAAUAUGAUGUUUGUGAAGUAAAUAUGAUGUUUGUGAAGUAAAUAUGAUGUUUAUGGCAGUAAAUGUGAUGUUUGUGGCAGUAAAUAUGAUGUUUGAGGCAGUAAAUGUGAUGUUUGUGGCAGUAAAUGUGAUGUUUGUGGCAGUAAAUAUGAUGUGUGUGGCAGUAAAUAUGAUGUUUGUGGCAGUAAAUAUGAUGUUUGUGGCAGUAAAUAAGAGAUGAUCAGUGAUUGUGCUUUUAAUUACUAAAGUAUGGAAUUCUUUAGAACGGAAUUAAAUAUUUCAGUUAUGUAAUUAUGUCACUAAGAGAUUGUUCUAAACCUGCAAAAAAAGUUUUCGCCAUAUAAAUCUUUUUCAAACAUUUUCUCAACAAAAUGCAUUUUGAUAAAUAAAUAAACACAUAAACAGAUACAUAUCAUUCUUGAUAAACAAAGAAUAUUUUUGUUGUUGGCCUUGAAUUGCUGAACUGCCUAACUCAGAUAUUCAUCUGAACCUAUUUCCUGAAAUAUUUUUUUUUAAAACAAACUUCUUAAAAGCUUCAGAUUUUUGUUCAGUGAUAAAAGAGAUUGUUCCAGAUAAUUUAAAGUGUCAGGAUAAAGUCCCAGAACGACAGAUUCCCCAUCCUGACACUACACAUUCAUAUGAAAAGUGAUGCAAAUUUAACUAUGAUCAACUUUCUUUUUAACUUUUUCCUUUGAAAUAAUACAGACAUCUAUGGAUUUUCCCAUAAACAUCAGAGAUAGUGUCCAAUUUCUCUUUGUACAGAUAUAUAUGUUCAGUUGAAAUUUAAAGUAAUCGGAGAAAAAAAAUAUGUGUAUCAAUAUAUUCAGUUAAAUUAUUUUUCCUUUCUCUUUCAAUUUUCAUAUCAUGAAGAAACUAUUUCAUUAUAAACAAUUAUUGAGAUAUGUCCUUCAGUCUUUUGAACUUGGUAACAUCGUAGUGCACUGGAGUUAACAUGGUAGUGCACUUCAAUGUUUUAAAUUGUCUAUUGCACUUCCCUGUUCACUACAUGUGGACUACAAAGUGCACUAGAUAUCCAGUUAUGUUUGCUCCCAGCUGUAGAUAUUAAACCUCACAAUACAAGGCCUUAAUAGUUGUUUUUUCUAGUAUGUCAUAGUUGAGAGAUGUUAGAGACUAUUUAACUGUUGUGUAUUAAUGUCCCUGUGACAUCACGGC